CCCGUUAGCCAACCCCUGAGCAGGUGGGAGUUCCUGCUCUUGUUUCUUGGAACUGAUGCAAAAUGAGCAGCAGCAAUGCAGCAUCCAUCCCAACCGGACGCUAGCGAUAAGGAGCAUUUGAGAGUUGUGGUUGUAUGACUUCAGCCCCUGAGACGUAGGCCGAGUCUCACUCAUGGCGGACUCUAAGCUGUUUGUGACGGGGGCGCCCCCUCUGGAUGAGAGGGAUAUGGAGCUGGAUGUGCUGGGCUUCCUGGACUCUCUGGGGGAGGACAACAUCACUGCAGCAGAGAGGUGCUACCGCUCCCACUCCCGCAGCAGUGUCCUGCAAGGCCUGCCCUUUGGAGGGGUGCCCACGGUCCUCGCCAUUAAUGUUGUCAUGUGGAUGUUUCUUUUGCUGAUCUUCUCCUGUUUGAGGAAGGCUGCUUGGGACUAUGGCCGUCUGGCUCUAUUGAUGGAGAAUGACAGCCUCACGUCGUUGUUCUACGGAGAGCAGAGUGAGAAGGAGAAGUCCCCGUCAGAGUCCAGCCCGUCAGACUCCGAGACCAAGGACUUGGGCUUCUGCUCUUGGCUUACAACAAUCUAUCAUAUGAAGGAUGAUGAGAUCAGGAGUAAAUGUGGCAUCGACGCUACGACCUACCUGUCCUUCCAGCGCCACAUCAUCCUGCUCAUGACUGUGGUCUGCCUGCUGUCUUUGGCCAUCAUCCUGCCUGUCAACUUUUCCGGGAACCUCCUAGGGGAUAAUCCUGAAAAUUUUGGAAGAACGACUGUGGCUAAUCUUCCUGCAAAGGACAGCUUCCUGUGGCUCCACAGUAUCUUUGCUCUGCUCUACUUCAUCAUCACAGUGCUGUGUAUGGCCCACCACUCCUCACGCCUGGAGUACAGAGAGGACGAGAAGGUGGCCAGGACUCUCAUGAUCACCUGCAUCCCAAGAGAGAUCUCAGACCCAGGCCUCAUCACAAAACACUUCCAUGAGGCUUACCCCAGCUGUACUGUCACUGACGUCCGCUUCUGCUUCAAUGUACACAAACUGAUGAUGCUGGACUCUGAGCGACGGAAGGCGAUGAAAGGAAGGCUGUAUUUCGCCACUAUGUCCCAGAAGGAGGGGAAGAUCAUGAUUAAGACCCACCCCUGUGCUACCAUAUUCUGCUGUGACGUGUGCGGCUUUGAGCAGGUGGAUGCAGAGCAGUACUACAGUGAGUUCGAGGAGAAACUGACUGAUGAGUUUAAUGCAGAGAAGCAUCGCAUCUCGCUCAAGAGGCUGGGCAUCGCCUUCGUGACUUUUCGGGAUGAGAGGAUGACUGCUGUUAUUGUCAAGGACUACAGCCGGCUCCGUUGCCGUCGGAGACCCAAGCAAUCUAGCAUCACCACGGUAGUUCAGUCUCACAGGUGGGGUGUAGGCUAUGCCCCAGCUCCAAGCGACAUCAUCUGGGAGAACCUGUCGGUGUGUGGCUCCCGCUGGUGGCUGCGCUUUGUCCUGCUCAACAUCCUCCUCUUCCUCCUCCUCUUCUUCCUCACCACGCCCGCCAUCAUCGUCAACACCAUGGACAAACUCAACGUCACCCGGCCUGUUGACAGCCUGAGGAGCCCGAUCAUCACUCAGUUCUUCCCUACCCUCCUGCUCUGGGCGUUCUCUGUCCUGUUACCCUUCAUAGUCUACUACUCGGCCUUCUUCGAGUCUCACUGGACCAGAUCCAGUGAGAACCAGAUCACGAUGCACAAGUGCUUUGUACUGUUGGUGUUCAUGGUGAUCAUCCUGCCCUCGCUGGGUCUCUCCAGUCUGGACCUGUUCUUCAGGUGGCUGUUUGAUGUCAAUUUCCUGGAAGACAAGAAUAUAAAAUUUGAGUGUGUGUUCCUGCCUGAUAACGGAGCGUUCUUUGUGAACUACGUGAUUACGUCCAGCCUGAUCGGCACGGCCAUGGAGCUGCUGCGUAUCCCAGCUCUGAUGGUGUAUGCUCUGCGUCUCUGCUUGGCCAAGCCCGGGGCCGAGCGCAUCCACGUCAAACGGAGCCAGGCCUAUGAGUUCCAGUUUGGUCUGGAGUACGCCUGGACCAUGUGCAUCUAUGCUGUUAGCAUAACCUACAGUAUCACCUGUCCCAUCAUCAUGCCCUUUGGGCUGCUCUACCUGAUCCUGAAACACAUGGUGGACCGCUACAACAUCUAUUAUGCCUACGUGCCCACCAAGCUCAACCAGCGCAUCCACACUGCAGCCAUCAGCCAGGUCAUCGUGGCGCCCAUCCUCUGCAUGUUCUGGCUUCUGUUCUUCUCCGUGCUCAGACUGGGCCCAGUGCAUCCCAUCACCCUCUUCACCUUUGUGUCCCUGCUCUCCUGCCUUGCCUUCUCCCUCCUUGGCCUAUGCCUUAGGAAACAGCCUGACAAGUCAUCAAGCUACCAGAUGUCAGACCAGGUGUCUGCUGACCAGCCAGCAGAAGGGGCCUUCGCUAAUGCAGAGAGAAGCUCCACCCCCUCCACCACCCCAUCUAAUCUGUUUGUGGCAUCUGUGUUGCUGGAGCCGGAGCUAGGCCUGACCCCGAUGCCCUCCCCAGCUCACCAGAGCUACGGGACCAUGGCCAGCUCCCAGGACCGAGAGGAGGAGGAGGAGGAGGAGGAGGACCACGUUGAAACCAAUGAGACAGAGCUCCAAGAGCCCCCAGACCCCUACUAUGCCAUGGACAGCCCAGUGGGUAACCAGUGACCCCCCCCCCUCCACCUCCAUGCCUACGCCUGUGAUAUAAACGUGCCACAAUGCUGCAUAUUUACCUUUUAACCUCAGAAUCACAUCCAACUGCCUCAGCCCCUCUGACUGGACCAUGUUUGUGAGACCAUUUGGAUUGUGUCUUUGGCGGUUCUUUGGAACCCAAGGCUGAAAUAAUUUCUUCCUCAGCCCUGUGGCGGGGAUGUGGAGAAAGGAUGCAAGUGGCCUUCUCUCCCUCGGUGUACAGCAGUCAAAGUGACCACACCACAACAUCUCUCAAAGCUGUCAUCAUAAAUGAACCAUACGGAGGAUACUUCAAACAAAAGUGCUGUCAUUUUCUGACUUACUGCUUCAUAAUUUUCUCCCUUUCCUCCCUCUAUAAGUUGCAUGGAAUGAAUUAACUAGCGAGGAAGGACACUGGGACAGGAGUAGGGGUGAAUUUCACCAACUCAGUGGGUUUUAACCGACUGACCCUACUAGACAGAGUGGUCUUGGCUCUGGUGUGGUAGAGCUCCGUGAGGCAGAGGGUUAGGGUUGUAAUCAAGCCAUCUGCAGUGAGAGAACAGGACAGACGGAUGGAGGGCAGAGUGGAUCUCAGAGCUCUAACACUCCCUAUGGAGUAGAAGGCACAAGGAACCCAAUGGGACCUGAUACUAUUGUAUUUUUUUGUCAAGGUUGUUAUUUUUGCUAUUCUGUAGUUGCCCGUUGUAUGUGAUAUUAUUGUGCUGAAGGGUGAGGGGCAGGCUGUUUAUUGUUUAACAAUGUAUUUAUGGUGCCAUCCCUUUAUUGUUUAUUAUUGUUUAUAAUUAUUACUGUGAAAAAGGUGUCUUCUUGUUGGACAAGUCCAGGUAGUCAACCAUUUCAAAACAUGAUCUCCAAUUUACUUUGGUUUUAUGUUUUGCAUAAAUGUACGGCAGCAAAAAAUAGUAAAGAAAAAAUACUAAUCUUA